AUAUGCCUUGCAUAACAGAGGGAAAAAAAUGUUUCUGCUUUCUCAUCCUAGAAGACCAACUCACAUUUGCACAUCCGCAGAUUCUCGCCAGCGUUUGUCCCUGAACGACGUCGAAGUCGAAAGGUCUUCUAUACUUUCGUUCUUGAAGAGUUUCUCGAAUUUUCAACACGCCUUUUUCUUUCACAAGCAGGAACAAGAUGACCCAGACAACCACUACCACUGAACUCAGCUGGAGCGAAACAAUGGAGCUGUUAUCCAACAAGCAUCCAGGCUUGGCGACGCUGAAGCAUUCCUCAUCAAUGGCUCGUCACUCGAAGCUCCAAAGCAAGUCUAACUCGGGAAAUAAUCCGACCAACAAUAAGACAACUAAGCCUGGCACGGAAAAGCUGUCGUCCAGACGUUCUUACGGAUUCCUGAUUUUCGAUUACAUUCCGGUACUGCUGAUUAUUUACGCUAAGGUCGUGUUCAACGUCGUUUACGCCUUGUCCAAAUUAGGAGUCGUCUCGCCCAAGUGGGUCAAGCUUCCCGAGAUCGAUCCGAAAGAAAAAGAGGGUUAUGCCCCAAUCAGAGAUCACCACACGAGGCUGUUCCAAUUCACCCUCUUCAACAGGAUUAGCGAUCUUUUUGCCAGGCCAAUCAACACUCUGCCAGCCGACACUUUCCGUGUCAUUCAUCGGCCGCAGAACCCAUUUUCUGAUCAUGUAGAAAAAUUGCCAGACGGUCUUUCCAUCAAUAUGGCAUCGUACAACUACUUGGGUUUCUCCACUAACACGGGUCCGAUCCCAGAUGCAGUAAAAGACACCAUCAAACGAAACGGUCUCACUUUCGGAAGCAAUUCCAGGGAACUUGGAACUUGGCAACUUCACCGAGUUCUCGAGAAGAUGGUCGCCAAGUUUGUGGGCAAAGAAGACGCCAUAUUGUGUCCCAUGGGAUUCGCCACCAACUCCAUGCACCUGCCGGCCCUUGCUGAUGACAGAACCCUCAUCAUUUCCGAUGAACACAAUCACUCCUCGCUGAUUCUCGGCUGCAAAUUGUCCGGGGCAACGAUAAAAGUCUUCAAGCAUAACGAAGAAAACUCUAGACAUGGUUCAUACAUUUUUGCCAGCAUUCCGUGGGUCCUCAUCGAGCAGAGAACACCCUGA